AUGAACGAAAAACCAAAAUUGCCUUCGAUCAAGGACCUUUUGGAAGGUGGUCCUGGUUUGAUCGACUAUACAAGGCCUCCUGCAAAGCAACAACAUCAUCACCAUCAGUACCACCACAAGCACCCUUCUUCGUCCGUCCAUCAUGUACAUAGACGGCAUGCUUCUGAGCAUAUCAUCUCCAAUAAGGACCGAUUGCUCCCUCCUCAUCCUCCUCAUCAACCUCAACAUCCCCUUCCUCUGCCCCCCUCUCCCUCUUCUCAUCAUGAUGCGUCUCUUCAAAUGCCUCCUUCCAUCACAAAAUCAUCGGCCAUGUCAUUGCCAAUGGACAUGCAGCAAUUAUCUCUGGGAAAGAAGAAGCCUCCAGAAACUAGGAGAGGCAGAACGCAUUCUCGAUCUUAUUCUGACUUCAUAUACCCCACAAAUACCAAGCAUACCACGCUCAAAGAAGCAGAGGAAUUAGCAGCAGAUCAAAGAGUCCAUGUACAAGACAAGUUACCAGUUGAGCAAAAGGAAGAUGCUGAAGAAGAAGACGAGUAUGAGGAGGAGGAAGAGACGACGCCAGUAAAUAUCAGUCGAUCCAAUUCCAGCUGUAGAUAUAUAUGCCCCUAUUGUAACAAGGGCUUUACGAGACCCUCUAGCCUAAGAACCCAUACGUUUUCUCACACGGGAGAAAAGCCCUUUGUCUGUUCUGAGCCAUGUUGUGGACGAAAAUUUAGUGUACAAAGUAAUUUACGCCGUCAUUUACGUAUUCAUAGAUCAAACAAGCCAGCUACUUUAUUUUUAUCCAAGAACAUUCAUUGA